CCGCGUGCUCUCCCCGCGGCCGAGAGAGUCUGGACCAUCCGAUAUAAUACGGACGACUGCUGCGUUCGUUGGCGAGGCUCGGUUGCAACUCCCGUCAACGACAUCUCGACGGCCUGAAACUUAGUGUUGCAGUCCCGCAUCCGCCAGACGCCGAUCUGCCUGUCCGACCCGGGCAAUUGGAUACCCAGUCACUCGUUAUACUACCGAGAGCCGUUGCACAGAGUGAUGUUGCACCGGAUCACUCCUGCAACUACAACGUCAUGACCUCCACCGCAGUGUCAUCCGGGACCGGCCACGCUCCCCGCCCGUUGUCUCGGCCGGACUGCCGCCUCCCGUCGGCGCACAAGCGGCAGACGGCACCAUGGGUCGUGAUACUCGCCGUCUUCCUUUGUUUCGUUUCACACACACUAGCAGCCACCCCAAACCCUGCCGCGCCGGUCGAAACUCUGGUCAUCGACCACAAAGCGCUGCACAAACCGCCGCACCCGGAGGGCCAAAGAUGGGCCAUGUCACACGAGCACGAGAUUCGGAGGAGGAAGGUGCAGAAACGGGCCACGUCGGACGAGCCCGAGGAAUCAGACUCAACCGAGUCGUCCGAGCCUUCCAAGACGUCUGCAACCCACUCCGUGACGACGACAUUCUCCAUCGGCGUGGGCUCGCCGAAGUCCUCUAGUACCAGCACCACUGUGGCCGCCAGCGCUCUCCCCAGCAUCCUCGACAGCGUGGCUGCGGAAUUUUCUCUGGGCCCCAACGGCGAGCCCGCGCCCUGUCCGAUCUUUAUCAACUCUUUCCUCAAUGACCCCGACUUCAAACAAUGCUACCCCCUGUCGAUGCUCUUCAGUGGAUCCCAGUCCUUCUACGAUGCCCAGACCUCGCUCGUCAGCAUCACACGCACUCUGGACGCAACCUGCGCCGCCGACGUGACCUUCUGCACCUCAUACCUGAAGCAGCUCGCGCAGAACCUCACCGCCCCCGAGAACUGCGAGGCCGACUAUAACCGCCGCUUGCCCUCUGUCAUGGACAUCUACCGCGCCAUGGUCGCCUACGAGCCCGUCUACAACGCCGGCUGCCUGCGCGACCCGGAAACGGGCGCCUACUGCUACGCCAACGCCGUCACCAACCAGACUAGCUCCAACUUCACCUACAUUUACUGGCUGCCGCUCAACCUUACCCUGCCCGGCACCACCCUGCCCUGCGGCUACUGCCUGCGGCGGACCAUGGCCAUAUACCAGCGCGCCACCGCCGACCGCACCCAGCUGAUCACCAACACGUACGUCGCCGCUGCCGAGCAGGUCAACACCAUCUGCGGUCCGAAUUUCGCGAACGAGUCGCUGGCGGAUGUCUCCGUUUCCGCCGCGCCGACCAUGAGCCGGUCGGCGACGUGGCUGGGGACGGCAUUGCCGUUGGCUUUUGGGCUCGUCGUGUGGCUCAUUUGAAUGUCGAGGGGUGAUCAAGCUUUGAUCUUCUUUCUCUUCUUUCUUCCAUCGCCUUUUUCUUUUCUUGGUUACUUGGUUUGAUGGGUUAGGGCAGGAUAAAAAGCGGUGGGCCGGCUGCAUUUGGAGGCUGGCGUU